AUGUUGCCGGCGAGGGCGGCGCUGUCGCGGGAGGCGAAGGUGAGGAUAUCGGCACAGGAGACCACUCCGGGGCACGCGGCCUCGAUGGCCUCCUUAGCGGCGUCGAUCACCUCGAGGCCGCGGAGGGUCAAAUUGGGGAUCGCCUCCUUCUCCGAUUGGCUGUCCGGUGUGGAGUCGAGGAGCACGGAGGCGUCGCAUCCCUGCGAUUGUUAG